GAGCAGCUCUCUGCAGCUCAUUCUCCAUUCAGCUUCAGCUCUCGGCACAUGCUGGAACGCAGCCAACACAUUGCUCAGCAUUUAAAAAGGACCAGUCGAGAGAGAGAGAGAGAGAGAGAGAGAGAGACAUAGAGAGAAAGUAGAGAACUACAUUCACUCUCCAUUCAUUUAGAGCACACUCUCGCUCUCAAUCAAACUCAACCCAAAUACUCUCUCACACACACACGCUUACACACUCACACAGCCAGCAUGCCACUGUGGAGGGUUCUCCAGGCCGUGUGUCUGGUGGGUUUAGUCGGUGUGGUGGUCCGGGCUCAGAAUUAUGGGGAUGAGAUUGAGGUGAACUACGCAGACGCCUACUACAACGAGAUCAAUGAGGGAGAUCAGGCUGAGGAAGCCCCCACCUCCAACCCGCCACCUCCCUGCUCAGCCCCAGAGUUCAGCAAGUGGGACAAACUCUUCACCAUGCUGGAGAACUCCCAGAUGAAAGAGAACAUGCUGCUGCAGUACUCAGACGACCUGAUGAAGGUGGAGCUGCGCUCCCUGCGGGGUGAAGUGCUGCAGUUUGUGGCGCAGUACGGCGGCUCCUGUGCAGCGGCUGUGGAGAGCGCCGCUCGCAGAGCAGGGGUGCAGGCUGACCUCCAGCUGAAGCAGGCCCUGGAUCGGCUGAGGGAAACAGCUGCUGAGCAAGGGGAACAGCAAGAAGAGGUGCUGAGGAGGAUCCUGGAGGCUGGCGGAGAGCAGGCUGCCCGCCUGGACAGACUUGAGAACAGCUGCUUGAAUGGAGCGGCAGAAUGGGGAGAGCCAGAGAUGGGCGGACGGACCAAAAGCUUCCAGACCAGGCAUGCCACAGAGGAUGGGGGAGAGAAGGGGAACAAAGGGAAGCUGGACAUCUCAGAAGAGCUGCAGAGUCUUCGGGAGCAGCUGGAGCUCUACGUGAGGGCCACGUCCACUCGAGUGUUGCCAGCAGGUUGCGACAUGGCUCUGUUCUUCCCCAUGCGUUCUCCGAAGACGCACGCCGAGAUCAUCCCCCAGCAUUCCAUGCAGACCAAUGCCUUCACAGCCUGUCUUUGGGUCAAACCCACUCAAGUUCUCAACAAGACCGUCCUCUUCUCCUACGGCACCACCACCAACCCGUUGGAGCUGCAGCUGGUGCUGAAUGGGCAAAGCAUCCUCUUCACCGUUGGAGGGGAAGCACACCUGGUGGAGGCCCAGGGGGCGGUGGAAGAGGGCAGCUGGACACAUCUUUGCGGAAGCUGGAGCUCCGAGCAGGGCCUUGCCUCGCUUUGGGUCCACGGCCAGAAGGUGGCAAGUUCUCCCGGUGUGGCUGAGGGCCACCAGCUGCCCACCGGCGGGAACAUUAUCCUAGGCCAGGAAUACUCUGCCGACGGCCUCGCCAAGAGAUUUGGCUUCCAGGACAUUUUUAACGCUGAAGAGGCGUUCACUGGGAAGAUGACCGGGGUUAAUGUGUGGGACCGUGUGCUGGGGAAGGACGAGAUUUCCCAGCUGGCACGGGCAGACGGGAGAAGAUGUGGCAACCGUGGCAAUUUGGUUGCAUGGGGCGUGUCUCAGAUCGUGACAAAAGGGGGUGUUGAAUUGAUCUUCUAACUGACUGUGCUGCUUAAAACGAUUGAUAAAUAAGCAGUUUUGCUACCAUGGCAGAGCAUAUUUGGGUGAUUUCUCUACUCCAGCACCCCAGAUUCAGCUAAUCAGGUAAUAAGUAUAGGGCUGGGCAUAAUGACUAAAUACUCGUAUCUUGAUAUGCUUAAGAAACUCAUCCCCAACUCAUCCUAAACGUAAACCCAUGCAUAAAAUGAUUAGAUGGAGCCCCAUCAUUGCAGAGGAGACAGUUCUGAAACCAGGUGCCAAUUAGUUGAUGUAAUGCUUUCUACAUCUAUUCCAGAAUGUUCUAGAUUCUAUUGUCAGGGUAUAGACAAGCUUUUUACAGAGUGUGCUUUUGUAAAUCUGUGUCAGCAAUGGGUGCAACCUAAAAAAAACAAGCUGAAUGAGUUGAUUCCAAGGGGUGUUCACAAAACUGUACCAGAUUAUGGUGUUUGAGAUGAGGUCCUUUAAUUUGGAUAUAUCUAUGGCUUGAUUUGCAUUAGACCUGUUGCGUACAAAGCUGUUGAGUUCCUCUGUCCAUUCCUCUGGAAAGCAAACCAUUUCCACAUAAUCUAAACAUGUAUGCCCUGUGUAAUAUUUAGAACUAGUAGACAAAAGAAAAUAUUGAUAUAUUGAAGUUUUACAAUAUUUUAUUUUGCUUUUAUUUAUCAGAUCUCAAAUAAAAAGUACAAUUUCUUUCACCCAGAUUUUAGAACUAUGACAGUUUACCUUAAAUUUUCUUUGAACAAUCCAAAUAUAUAGCCUUGCUUACAGUAUUGGAAUAUAUUGUGAUAUAUUUAAUCUAAACCCCUCUAUUAUGCUGCAGAAAUAGCCCCCACACAGACAUCCCACAGGUCAGUUCAGCAAUCUUUACCUUUAGCUUUGGCAAAAGUCAUAGGACACCAUUAUAUGGCCAUAUUUAAACUUCCAUACAAUAUACAGUAUUUUUUAUAUUUUGCCCAGCCCUAAACCAGAACCUUGCUGAGUUUUUCUGGGUGCAAUGAAGUAGAGAAAACACUAUAAUAUGUAGAACCGGGUUACUCCAAGACCAGGACUGCUAUACUCCAUGCUCCAAUUCUCUCUGCAAUAAACCCAAAUCAACAGCCCUCUAUAAUAACCCACACUGUUUCAGAUAAAUAAAGCCCUCUCCCUUGGGGAACAAAUGUUUCCAUUUAAGUUUUCCUCGGAAUGAUGCAGCCUCAGGAACGCUGAUGAAAGUACCAAAGAGCAAAGGAUGGAACAAUGCGUCUCUUAAAUGAGUUUAAGAUGGACUGUGUCCAAGCCCGUAAAUGUGCUGCCACUAAGAGUGGUUAUUCUCUUUUUUAUUAAGACUGCUUUCCUUUAAUUAUGAUCCCAUAUCUUCCAAACAUUCGCUGUGUAUUUCUGUGCAUUUCUUAUAGUAUUGUUCAAAAUGUUUACAUUCAGAUCUGACCAUCUUCGUCACAUAACCUUUUCAUCCUUCCGUGUCUUUUAUUUUGUUCAUGUUGUUAUAUAUCUUUUGAGUGGUUUGUUCUGAAAUGUAUGUUGCGGCUGAAUAAUGCUAUUAAUGCUAUUAAGCAACUCUGAUCUUGUUUGUUCUUAAAUACUUUAACAUUUUGAUAAUGGAAUUGUGUAAAAUGUUUACAAAGUCCCUGGGGACUUUACCUUGGUUUCUGAUAAUGUGAUGAAAUGUACCAUACUGUAAAUUGUUUUUUUUUUUUUAUGCUAAGAAGUUGAAAUGAACAUAUAUUGUAUAUAGAUCUUCAUUGUCUGUUACUGGAGGUUUGAAAAUGUGGUGUUUAAUAAAGAAAACUAUUAUAUAUAGUAAA